AUAAACGGAACAGAGGAACCUGGUACACCGCUCAUUCAUAAUAUCAUAUGGCUUGAAGUUUCAGGCUUCCUCCCUGGCCACAGCUCAUGGAUUUCCUCACGGAGUAUCCCUACAAUGUCACUUAUUAUGACAACGGGACCGGGGCCCUCAAUGGCACAGGCUGUGAGGCCAAGCACCAGUAUAACUACUAUGCCAUGCUCCUGACUCUGCUCAUCUUUGUCAUUGUCUUUGGCAAUGUGUUGGUGUGUAUGGCAGUCUCCCGAGAGAAAGCGCUGCAGACUACCACUAAUUACCUCAUUGUCAGCCUGGCGGUAGCAGAUCUUCUAGUGGCCACAUUAGUUAUGCCCUGGGUCGUAUAUCUCGAGGUGGUGGGAGAGUGGCGUUUCAGUAAAAUCCACUGUGACAUCUUUGUCACACUGGACGUCAUGAUGUGCACAGCCAGUAUUCUUAAUCUGUGUGCUAUUAGUAUCGACAGGUACACAGCUGUUGCCAUGCCGAUGUUGUACAACGCACGCUACAGCUCCAAGAGACGAGUCACUGUAAUGAUCUCGGUGGUUUGGGUGCUUUCGUUCACCAUUUCCUGCCCCCUGCUGUUUGGGUUAAAUAACACAGCUACACGUGACGAUGCUGUGUGUGAGAUCGCCAACCCCGCUUUUGUGGUCUACUCCUCCAUCAUGUCUUUCUAUGUGCCCUUCAUCGUCACCCUCCUCGUCUACGUACAAAUAUAUGUGGUUCUCCGGAAGCGGCGGAAACGGGUCAGCACUAAGCGAAGCUGCCAGAGGACAGAUGCCGAUGCUCUGCCCCCUCUCAAGGAAAAGUGCACUCAUCCUGAAGAUGUAAAAUUGUGUACCGUGAUCAUUAAAACCAAUGGGGGUUUACCUGCCAAAAACAAGAAAGCACAAGUGAUAAAGGAGGUUCUGCAUCAGGAUGGUGAUGUGGGAGAGGACAUUGUGGCCAGCAACAGUCCUCCAGAGAAAAAGAAAAAACAAUCCACUUUGGCCAUUGACCUCUUGGCCAACUCAAGCCCCAGCCAUGCUUCACCAUCCCACGGUGAAGGCCAGCCAUAUGGAGAUGAGAAAAAUGGGCAUGCCAAGGAGAUCCAGACUCCAAAAGAAGCUAAACCUUUUGAAACGCAGGCAUUACCCAAUGGCAAAACCCGAACUACAGUGACCAAAACCAUGAGCAAGAAGACGAUGUCCCAGCAUAAAGAAAAGAAGGCUACUCAGAUGUUGGCUAUUGUUCUAGGUGUUUUCAUUAUUUGCUGGCUGCCCUUUUUUAUUACUCACAUUUUAAAGACGCACUGCACAAGCUGCGUGGUGCCACUGGAAAUGUACAAUGCCUUCACGUGGCUGGGAUACGUGAACAGCGCCGUCAACCCCAUCAUAUAUACCACUUUCAAUGUGGAGUUCAGAAAGGCUUUCAUAAAGAUAUUGCAUUGCUGAGGAUAUUGUUCACUGCAGGAAUAGAGGAGAGGAGUGAUAUCAGUCUGGAUUUUCAGAAGAGGUUAGUGCCAUUCUUCACUGCUGUUUGAAAUGAAGGAUUUACAAAGCCACACUUUUAGGACAUGGUUGUUGAACUCUGUUGCAGAAAAUGGAGCUUUCAGUGCAGUUCCAAAUGAAAGAAAAAGUAAAACAUUUUCAUGAAAGUAUUUUCAUGUUUUUGACAUUUCAGUCUCUAAUAACCCUAAAAGAAUAGUACACUAAAAAAUGAAAAUUCUGUUAUCAUUUACUCACCCUCAAUCACCCCUCGCUUGGGAAUUUUGCUCAAAAUUUCCUUGUGGGCUCUAUGGCAGAAAGAAUGUCAUAUAGGUUUAGAACAAUGAACAUGGGGGUUAGAAUUUGAAAACAAAUGUUAAUUCUUUUUUUUUUGUUGAACUGUUCCUUUUAAGAAAUGAUGCAUGUUUAUUUCCUUUGGAGUUUCAGUGUGAAUGUGAUUAAUUGUAGAUUAAAGAACUGCAGCAAAUUUGACAUUAUUGAAAAUCUUGUCACAGUGACGUUUGAUGUUUUUAUGCAAGAUGGGACCUGGAUAAAUUAACAUCAAAAUAUAAAUGUAGAGGUGAAUAACAUGCUUACAACUCUGUUUAUUAAAUUGUUUGUUUUUUGUCAUUAACCUACAUUUUUUUUUUACUUGUGAAUAUAGGCAGAGUGAUGGUAAAUUCAAGGAAAAAUGCUUAUAUUUUGAUUUACAGUAUGGUUUUAUAAAUGCAGAACACUUAUUAACUGUACGAAUGCCUUUGACAUGCCGACUAUGA